UUUCUUGUUUUAGAUCAGUUAUAGUUACCAAAAUAAAUUAAAUUUACUUAAUGCCAGAAAACUUAGUGAGAAUAUUUUUUAGUGAUUAUUUUGUAGCAAAUAUUAGAAAAAUAUAUGCACGUUGUAUGGAUGAUGUUAUGGUUCGGGGUCCUUUGGUUCUUCUUUGUGGGUUUUUCUGUGCAUACACUCACCUUUUACGACAGAUGGCGCCAUACUCACCUGACUGGAGUGUGUGUGUAGACCGUCAUCAAGCACACCUGAACCUGAUCAACUCAUCAGCGGCGUGUACUAAAGGAGGCUUCUGCCAGUCCUUCAGCGCCCGAGUGUUAGCCAGUAACGGUUUUUUCCUGGUGAAGCCCAGAGAAGCCUUUACAGAUCCUGUCUGUUUCUCUGGUCGAGAUUCCCCUCGUGACGCCGUGGGUCUUACCCACUGGUUGCCCGAGUUCCCAGACUCACCUCCUCCGUCUGACUACAAGUUAGCCCGAGCCUACCUGUCCGCCCUCCGACGCAAUCCUCUGUUUCCCUCCUGGACACCAGCCGUCAAGCACCGGACCACCUGGACCCCUCAAGAGACUAAGACUCCGAACCUUUCAGUAAACUCUCCUAGACCUCCUACCCUCGAACCACAAAGAGCCGAUCGCUCCGUGAACCCGUUUCCUCCCUGGACCAGACCAGAGCUUCCACUACCUUCGCUUGCCGUGUUACAAUAAACCAAUUGUUACCGUA